ACGUGGCAAGUGCGGCCUCACCAUAUAGUCUCGUGUGGCAAGUGCGCCCUCACCAAAUCCCCCGCUAUGGGGAGGACGCAUUUGCCACGUGGAGUACUUGCCCCAUCAUCUAGUCCCACGUGGCAAGUGCGGAGGUGGCGACCCCGAGGUGGCGAUGGGAGCGGGAUGGCAACGCCCAGGUGGCGACGCCAUGUGGCGUACUUGCCACGUGGCGAUGGGAGAGGGAUGGCAACGUCGAGGUGGCGACGCCACGUGGCGAUGGGAGCGGGAUGGCAACGCCGAGGUGGCGAUGGGAUCGGGAGCGGGAUCGGGAAGCGAAGGUGGCCACGGGCGCGGGAUCGGGAUCGGAAAGCGGAGGUGGCGAUGGKUACCACACUUCGCACGUGCCAAACAUCGCACGUGGCGCACUUUCCGCAUCGCCACGUGGCGUACUUGCCCCAUCAUCUAGUCCCACGUGGCAAGUACGGAGGUGGCGACGCCGAGGUGGCGACGGCAGAGGGAUGGCGACACCAAGGUGGCGUACUUGCCCCAUCAUCUAGUCCCACGGGCAAGUGCGGAGGUGGCGACGCCGUGGUGGCGACGGGAGCGGCAAGUACGCCACGUGGCAAGUGCGGCCUCACCAUAUAGUCCCACGUGGCAAGUGCUGAGGUGGCGACGGGAGCGGCAAGUACGCCACGUGGCAAGUGCGCCACGUG